UGAAAAAUCGUUUCUUCAUAAUAUUUUUUUUGUAAAGAAGAAAUAGUCUCAGGUAUAGUUUCCUGUGUAUUAAAUCCCAAGGAUACCAACUCUCAUUGGUUGCUUCGGGCACUAAAACCAGUCUCUGAGCAGUUCUCAACAAGAGUCUUUCUCAGUCCAACUCAAGUCUUAAAUAAUAAAACGCGAAAAGAAAAUUCCUCUCGUGCUUCAGUGCGUUGGCGUUAAUUUAUUCGAUUAAAAAAUCGUUCGUCGUGUGUAUUCUUCACUUAAAAGUUUGUGCUAGAAUAAAAAGGGCAUUUUUAAAAAAAAUUACAAAGAAAAAUGUUUAAAAUACUCUUAAACGCUAUAUUUUUAUUUGGUUACGUCUCUUCAUACGUUCCCGCUGGAAUUUACAUCGAUAACGGUUACGAUCAGACAUCGAUUGAUCGUGCAUUAACUAAACAAGAAAAACGCGACAUGGAAUUGGAAAUUUUACACAUGCUCGGUUUACCAAAUCGACCAAGACGCGGUGCUAAUAAUACGCCGUUAACAAAAUCCGCGUCAAAAUUCAUGAUGGACGUUUAUAAGAAUAUUUUGGAUAAAGAAAACUACGAGGAUCAUCAUGAACGACGUGAACGAAGCGUCGAUUUGAAUUUGAGCGGAGAAGAGGAGAAAGCGAUUGAUGAAAGCGAUGUGAUUAUGACUUUUGAAAAUAGCAAUCGUAGAAUAUCAGGGGUUCGUCAUGAGAGAGGAAAACGUCUUUGGUUUAAUGUGUCAACGGUUCCUCUCGAUAACACAAUACUUGGGGCGGAAUUGAGAAUAUUUCAAACACCAAAUUUCAACGCAAACAUAACCAAUUCAGAAACGAUUUACGCAGUAACUGCUUAUCAAUUGGCGAAAUCAUCAGAAGGGGAACGAGAAUUGGAAUUUGUGGGCACAGUAAAUGUAACAGCAGGUUAUUCAGGUUGGGUGGCUAUAAACGUUACUCAGUCUUUGUCUACCUGGGUGGCGCUACCACAAUCAAAUAAAGGAUUUUACCUGUCUGUUCAUCCCCAUGAUAAACCAGGUCAUGAUGUGCGUCCUGAAGAUAUAGGAUUAACAAUUUCAAAAGCUGAGGAAGAAUCCCAACCUUUUAUGGUCGCCUUCUUUAAAUCGAGUAAACCGAUUAAUGUAAGACCAACCAGAUCAAUUAAAAAAGUUGAUACAAUUGAGUAUCGCUCUAUAAUGAAAAGAGCAGCUCAAAAUUUCGAUACAACAAGCGAUGGGAGAAAUUGUAAAAUUCGUACUUUAUACGUCAGCUUUGAAACAUUAAAAUGGAAAGAUUGGAUUAUUGCUCCUGUGGGUUAUGCCGCACAUUAUUGUGAUGGAGAUUGCAAAUUUCCUUUAAAUUCUCAUAUGAAUGCAACGAAUCACGCGAUCGUUCAAACGUUGGCCCAUUUAACAAAUCCUGUAAAAUAUCCAAAACCGUGUUGCGCUCCUACGAAACUCACCCCAAUAUCUGUACUUUAUUACACAGAUCUCACGAAUGUUACACUUAAACGAUACAAGAAUAUGGUUGUUAAAAGCUGCGGUUGUCAUUAAUUUGGAUUUUUUUUGUAUUGUAUCUAAUUUGUAAUUGACUACUUAAUAUUUAAGUUUUAUGUAUAUACUAAUUUUUUUAGAUGUAUAAUAAAGAAUAAAAUAAUUUUGA